AAAUACACACAAGCACACACACACACGCGCGCUCGCAAAAGCAUGGCUGACCAGGAAGGUAAAGGUAAACCUGAAGGCGAAUUUGCCAGGAGGAUAGAUCCGACCAAGGACAAUCUGACACGAGAACAGCUGCAAUUCAUCCGGCAAGCGGAACUUGCUAACUGGAAGAAGAAAAGCCAAAAACUCCGCACCCGAAAUGUCAUAACCGGACUCGCCAUUGGAGCCCUAGUGAUGGGGAUCUAUGGGUAUACGUUCUUCUCUGUGUCUCAAGAAAGGAUCAUGGAUGAGAUAGAUGAAGAAGCAAAGGUGUCUGCCAGGAUACGAAACUCAAAGACCGGAGCAAACUAACUGGAUUGGACGAACUGGAUGCCAAAAGAUGUUUUGUACUAUGCUUUGCACCAGUGAAAGGAAAUCGUGUUUUUGGUCUAUUCUCAAAUGGCUCUCUGCCUCGUCCAUAAGUGAACUACACAGAGAAUGAAAUAAUUCUGUUAUCAGGCUGCCCAUUACUUAUUUCUGGAGACAUGUUCCAGUACACUUGGCCCUAAUAUUCAGAUGUCACAUAAAGUGUUGAUCAACUGUGUUCUAUUAUGAUGUAAUCUAAACUAGAUGUGUAUACUAAACACUUGUGUAAAAACUAAUGUGUGUACCAUUCCUUGCCUACAAACUACACCACGGGUCUUUUAGUCGUAUCCACAAAGGGUCGAUAUGGUUUUUCCAUGCUAACCAAGCAAGAACACACUUUCUGGAUAAGGUUGAAGACUCCUGAACUGAUUAUAUUAUCUAAUAAGAAUAUUAACUAGACGCAGAUUCUAGUGUUUGAGGUGCAGCGUAAAGUUCCUGGAGCAGAAUAGGACAGCAAUGAGCCAGUGCACGACUCUGUCCAGUAUGGAGUCAUUUAAGACUCAAUGGAUUAUUCAAGACUACCAGAUGCUUCUCUGUUCAUUCAUGAAGAUUUUUUACAAGAAAGCCACAGACUGCAAGAACAGUGCUGAUGUGAACGAGAAUUACAGUCAAUAAUUGUGAGGAAUUGAAUCAACGUGCCACAAGAGGGCACUGCUACACCUUAUUCUCCAUGGAAAGAGCGUGAUCUCUGGCACAUGGGUUCAGCACUGCACAGAGCUUUGGCCAUGUAAUGGAAAAACUGUUGAUAAUGUUUAAAUGGAAAAUAAUUUUAAGCUGUAAAGGUUUUGAUUUUUGCAACAUAAAUAAAUGUCUGAUAUGUGCCAUAUCCUUCAAAUGCA